UACAACUCCUUAGGAUCUCCGUAAUGGUGCAAAUGCGGGAGUGAUUCACUCCCGCAACAUUUUCGAUAAUUAUAAACAUUUGGUGGCUUUCUUUACUGAAAUAAAACUGGUAAUAUAUGUUUCUUAGUCUAUAUAUGAAUUUAAAAUCUGUAACUUACGAUUUUUGAGGCUUUAUCCUACGAUUUUAAACAAAUUCGAUAUACUCCUAUUUCUCGAUUCGUAUUAUCCGCCAUAUUUACUGUUCUAACUUCCGGCUGUCAAUUAUACUGCGUAUUUGCAUAUGCCCCAUAUAAGGUAGUGUUUACAUUAUUGGACGGGUAUGGAGGAGAAAGCGCUUUCGUCAGUGUUGGAGAAGUUUAAAUUUGAUAUUAAGUUAAAAGAAGAACAGCAGAAUAUUAUAUUUAGUAUUUUAAGGAAGAUGGACGUUUUUGCUUUAUUACCAACUGGAUUUGGCAAGUCCAUGACGUAUAUUUUGGUGCCUUUGCUUGCAGACGAGUUAAAGGGAGGUGCACCAAGCCAUACAGCGUUAGUUGUAUCUCCACUGAAAGCGUUAAUGAAGGACCAGGUUGAAUUUCUCGGCCAGCACAACGUUAGCGCAGUUGCGUUGAUGGACGACACAAAAAGUCAAGAUGUUGUGAACAAGCAUUACAGCGUUAUAUAUGCAUCACCAGAGGCAGCUAUACACCAACGAUGGCGAAAAGUAUUGAGGGAUUGGCUGAAACCAAAAGUGUGUGUUCUAGUGUUUGAUGAAGCACACUGUAUUUCAUCAUGGGGACUGGAGUUCAGACCAGCCUAUCGACAGGUGUCGGGAUUACAGAGCAUAAUCAACACUUGUACCUUAGCAUUAUCAGCAACAGCCACAAGAAAGAUUCAGGAGGAUAUUUAUGAGACUCUUGGCUUUCAAACGGAAACAACAAAAGUUGUUGCAGUCCUGCCAGAUAGGCCAAAUAUUUUCUUAAAUGUGAAGAAUUCAACAGAAAAAUUUGAAGAAGAACUAGCAUGGAUUGUGACACAUAUCAAGAGCAACCAGAGGCAGAGGAAGAUAUUACUGUAUGUCAGGUCCAUCAACAUUUGCUACAACAUUUAUCUGUGGUUGCUAUCUUCUAUUGAAGAAUUUUUUGUGCACAACACACCAUCGUUAGAAAAUAGAAGGAUUGAAAUGUUUCAUGCAAAUACAGAAAGCAAGGAAAGAAUUUUGACUGAAUAUAUUAAGCCAUCAGGAAAUAUUCAAGUGUUGAUUUCGACAGUUGCAUUUGGAAUGGGCAUCAACAUUCCAGAUGUUGACAUUAUUGUGCAUUGGGGGCUUCCAACUUCGUGUCUAAGUUACUGGCAAGAAAUUGGGAGAUGUGCCAGGGAUGGGAGAGUUGGACAUGCAAUAUGUUAUGGAUUCAAAAGAAGUGUUUCCAAAUGUGAAGAGGAGAUGAAAAACCUAAUAAAACUUGAAUCAUGUGCUCGUGUAUCAGUUCUUAAGAAUUUCCAUCUACGUGGAAUGCAGACAAGGGAUAUAGACAAUCUAAAACGGAACAUAAUUUGCAAUAAUGACUGUGAGGGAAAUUGCACAUGCAAAAAAUGCAAAUGUUGUAGUGUGUGUAGCAGCCUUUGUAGCUGUCCCCAACACACAAAAGAUCAUCUGCAAUCAUUCCUGACCUAGUUUAUACAUCAUAAUGCAUGCUCCUUUAUUACAAAUGAACAGUUUCUCAAUACUGUCAAUGGUUGAAUUCUAAAUUGUACUUUGUUUCACUCAAAACAUUAAGGUGUUGCAACUAUGCUCGAAAAACAUGACUUUGAAGUACUGUUUAACUUAUAACAUGUUCUCUACAAAUUGCUUACUUUUUAAAAGGUAAUUGUAAAAAUAAAUUAAAAAAAAAAUGUUGAUGUCUUUUGUUACACUAGAAAUAUCUCACAAUAUGCUUAUUUUGAUUAGUGUAUAAUCUGGAUCAGUGCAUGGUC